CUUCCUCUAAGGUCCUUCAUUCAGCGCAAGCGCAGAUCACCCGCUGUAGCAGCUCAGUAGAGCCAAGAUGGCGGCGGUGGUAGAGAAUGUUGUCAAGCUGCUGGGUGAGCAGUAUUACAGGGACGCUAUGGAGCAGUGUCACAACUAUAAUGCCCGUCUGUGCGCAGAGAGGAGCGUGAGGAUGCCUUUCCUCGACUCUCAGACAGGUGUCGCCCAGAGCAACUGCUACUUCUGGAUGGAGAAACGACACAGGGGACCAGGUGUUGCCCCAGGUCAGCUAUACACUUAUCCAGCACGUCGCUGGAGAAAGAAGAGGAGAGCUCUCCCUCCAGAGGACCUUCGUCUAGCCUUCCCAUCUCUAAAGCCCGAGCUGGAUCUGGGGCUUAAGAAGGACAUUUUCUCCAGUGAUGGAAGCAGCUUAGAGGCUCUUCUGAAAGGAGAGCCACUGGAUAAAAGGUCAGGGUUGGAGCUCCGCACAGGAGAGGAGGAGCCCAGCUCUACAGAGCUCUCCACCGGGGCACUAAACUCCAGCAGCAGGGUCCGAAAGAGAAUUUUGGAGCCAGAUGAUUUUCUAGAUGAUCUUGACGACGAAGAUUAUGAGGAAGAUACUCCGAAGAGAAGGGGAAAAGGCAAGGGAAAGGGUCGUGGUGGUGUCAGCAGCGCUCGGAAGAAGUUGGAAGCAGCAGCAGCUUUGGAAGAUCGGGACAGACCGUACGCCUGUGACAACACUUUCAAACAAAAGCAUAUUUCAAAAUCUUCCGAAAGAGUCUGUGGGAAGCGCUAUAAGAACAGGCCUGGUCUCAGUUAUCAUUACGCCCACUCUCACUUGGCCGAGGAGGAGGGGGAGGAGAAAGAUGAGAUGGAUAUUCGCGAACCAACUCCACCCCAACAGGAUGAACCAAAGACUCCAAAAAAGGGCCCAGACGGUUUGGCUCUGCCGAACAACUACUGUGAUUUCUGUUUGGGAGAUUCCAACCUGAACCAGAAAACUGGCCAAUCAGAAGAGCUUGUGUCCUGCUCAGACUGUGGUCGUUCUGGUCACCCUUCAUGUCUGCAGUUCACUCCUGUGAUGAUGGCUGCUGUGAAAACCUAUCGCUGGCAGUGCAUUGAAUGCAAAUGCUGUAACAUAUGUGGAACAUCAGAAAAUGAUGACCAGCUAUUGUUCUGUGAUGAUUGUGACCGAGGUUAUCAUAUGUACUGCCUCUCGCCCCCCAUGUCUGAACCUCCUGAAGGAAGCUGGAGUUGUCAUCUGUGUUUGGCCCUCUUGAAAGAAAAGGCCUCCAUAUACCAGAAUCAGAAUGCUCCGCCCUUGUGAUGGUCCUUUGGGAAAAACAGAUCCUCGAUCACAUAGUUCCUGCCAAGAUUUGUUUGUUUGAUUUAAGCAAACAAAAUAGGUGGAACAGAAGUUGUAGUGGAACAGAAAAGGGACGACCACCUCGGCCAGGACCUCAGACACAAAUAGCGGGAGAGAAAGAGAGGGAGUGAGGAAAAAUUGGCCUCCUUUUCUUAUUCCUCAUUUACAUCUCAGCAGGUUUGAUCUCAGUAUGACUGUUACACAGUUCCAAGUUUCAAACUACCCCUGCUCUUUGUUUUCAACUAUUGGCCCCCCACAACGAACACAAUAUCGCCAUACCAAACACAAACUCUCCUGACCCUUUCAGCAGUACAUACUUGGAAGAAGUCACUAUGAGAAAAUUAUGACUCUGUUUUGGAGUUUCUGCUCAUAUUAGACCUGAUAUGUCCACCUGUUUCCGCAGACAUUGUUUAACAGAAAACAAAUGAUAAAACGCAGCUUAUAUCAGCCAAAAUAAAUAUCGCAUACUCGGCCAUAUUUAAAAUACUCUGACAAGAUGUGCUUAUCAUGGGGAGGAAUAGUUGAAACCAAUCAGCAUGCCAAUGCUUGUUCAUAAUAAGCGAAAAAAAGAACAGAAACUAUGUGUUUUUGUAUAUUUAUAUAUUUGUAUAGCAUAUAAAGGUGUGUUGUAUUUAAGAUCUUUAACAAUAGAAAUGGUUCAUUAUUAUGGUGGGAGUUGCUUGGGGAUUUUUGCCCCCUGUAAUGAUAGUGUCUACAUAAGCACAGAGUCUAGCAGUCGGUGUGUGAGCUCUUUACUAACUAAUGGGUUAAUGGUGCAGGUAAAGUUAAUGAUUUUAAAUUAUAUUUUUAUAUUGUUAUUAUUUUUGUUGCUUUUUUUUAGGGUGCUCUUAAGGUGUUCAGAAAGCUGUUAAAAUUUAGUGAAAGAUGGUUAUUUAAGAUGUCGGGUAAAGCAAUGAGAAAGAGAAAGUCCAGUUUAAAAGAACGUCCAGAAAAUCUAAUAAUUGUUUGCAGUUAAUUGAGGCGUAGUUAGAGUAAUGUAUUACAUACCACGCUGAAAUCAGUUUGUCAAUGUUUAAUGUUUGAUAGAUUCUACCGAACAUUGUUAAAUCCCUUUCCAUGUAAUUCCGGAAGAUUUGCUGUCGAGUAAGAACAUGAAACAUUUAUCUAGUUUAAGGAAAUACGAGGACAAAGAAACUUUAAUGCCAUAAUUAUCAUGUUUACUGUGAUGACAUUUCAUUGAUUACAGCCAUACAUAUAUCACAUAGGCAUUUUACUCAUAUGUAUUCAUUUAUCAGAUGAAUAUUAAAUUGCCAAUUGGUUGGACUGAGCAAAGGUUCUUCUGGCACUCAAAAACAAAAAGCUCUGCCUCUGGAUGUCUACUGUUGACACAUUUACACAAGUAAUUUUUCUA